UAGCUACCUGGUUGCCACUGGGCUAUAUAUAUAUACUUGACAGCUCAACUUCCUGACAGCUAUCAUUGCAGUCCAUCCAAUCAGACAAAUCACCCUACGACGGGAACAUUCAAUCUACGCAAUUGUGCCUACUACAACACUAUAUACUCCGCAUCAACACAUAUGUUCAACGCACUUCUGUCCGGUACUACUACCCCAAACUCCGGUCGUGCAUCUCCUCCCACCAGCGAAAUGCCCAUCGAUAAUGAUCACGUGGCCGUUGCCCGUCCAGCGCCCCGUCGCCGCCGCAUUGUAGUGGCCAUGACGGGUGCUACCGGAGCCAUGCUCGGCAUCAAAGUCCUAAUUGCCCUGCGCCGUCUCAACGUGGAGACGCAUCUGGUGAUGAGCAAGUGGGCGGAGGCUACGAUCAAAUACGAGACCGACUACCAUCCCUCAAACGUGAAAGCGCUGGCCGACUACGUACACAACAUCAAUGACAUGGCUGCCCCAGUGUCCAGCGGCUCAUUCCGCGCAGACGGGAUGAUUGUGGUACCGUGCAGCAUGAAAACAUUGGCUGCUAUCCACUCGGGCUUCUGCGACGAUCUCAUCUCAAGGACAGCAGAUGUGAUGCUCAAGGAGCGCAGGCGAUUGGUGCUAGUAGCGCGGGAGACGCCAUUAAGCGAGAUCCAUCUGCGAAACAUGUUGGAGGUUACACGAGCUGGGGCAGUCAUCUUCCCCCCCGUGCCUGCAUUCUAUAUCAAGGCCGCAAGUAUCGAGGACCUCAUUGACCAGAGUGUUGGACGGAUGUUGGAUUUAUUUGACCUCGACACGGGGGAUUUCGAGCGUUGGAAUGGAUGGGAGAAAUAAAAAUUUCGUUGGGACUGAAUUUUGGCGGGCUUGUCUUGUAUAAAAUUAAAGGGGCGUUGACUGGAUUUUGGUACUUGGGGGAUUUAUUCUUAGCUUUGACUGUACAUAGUUUGGGUGCGGUUUGAUAGCC